GGUUCCCCGGCCUGCGCCCCCCGCGCCCCCCCCCCCCCCGCGCCCGCCCGCGUGUACAUAGACUCCGGCAGCCGAGGUUUUCAUGAGAUUCUAUGGGCUUCACCCUCCCCGGAACCGCCUCGUUUUUUUAAUUUUCAAUGCUAGCUGUGAUCCCUGUACAUGUCUGUUUAUUCACUUGGUUAUGAUUUGUAUUUUUGUUCCUUUUUUGAUUUUUAAUUUAUAACAGUCCCACUCACCUCUAUUUAUUCAUUUUUUGGGAAAACCUGACCUCCCGCACUCCCAAGCCAUCCCGCCCGCCCCUCCGGGGGACUCGUGCGCCCCAGCGUGUGUCCGGGCUCGGCCCCCUCCGCCAGUCUCGGCCGGCCCCGGCCUGCGCCCCGCCGGGCUCUCAUGGUGCUCAAACCCGCUCCCCUCCCUCACGCCCUGCACUUUCGGACCAGGCCCCCGACUCCCACCCGACCCGACCCCGCCUGAGGGUGAGCGACUCCUGUACUGUAGGGGAAGAAGUGGGAACUGAAAUGGUAUUUUGUAAAAAAUAAAUAAAAUAAAAAAAUUUAAAGUUUAAAACAAAGAACUAUGAGGAAAAAGAAGCCCCUCCUCCCCAGCCCCAGCCAAUGUUACAAACCGGACUUUCAUCCCCAUUUCCCUCCCUGCUCCUGCCCGGCUUUAAGAAAAAAAAUCCAACUACCCGGGAGCUGACUUUCUCGGGGCUUCAUUUCCAGUUUCUUGGUUCUCUUCUCCCUGCUGGGGUUGCGGAGGGGUGGGGGUGACAGUCCCGCCCCUGCGCACUGCACUGUCUCUCUGCCCCAGGGGCAGAGGGGUCUUCCCAACCCUACCCCAAUUUUCGGUGAUUUUUGUGUGAGAAUAUUAAUAUUAAAAAAUAAAAGAAAACAAUCCUGUUUUGCUAAUGUGCUGGUGAUGGCUGGGCCCAGUACCGGGAGGAGGGCCUCCCGGCGUGAUUGAUGGGGAUGGGCUGCAGACCCCAGUGGGAGCCCCCCGGAGGCGCCUGUGGAAUGUCGGGAGCUCCGGGCUAUUCCUGGGGUGGGGGGGCCUAGUCCUGGAGCUGCAUUCCAGGAUAAGGGCGGUGGGGAGGCCAGGCCGGGGGAGGGGCAGGAAGGAGGACUAUAAGGGCUGUGGCCUGGGCGGCACAGUCAGCCAGGCCAUGGCGGACGCCUCCGGAGCGCAGAGACCUGUCCUCGGUGGUGGCCCCGAGCCCCGGGAUCCCCUAGACUGCUGGGCUUGCGCCGUCCUAGUAACAGCACAGAACCUGCUGGUGGCUGCCUUCAAUCUUCUCCUGCUGGUAAUAGUGCUGGGGACCAUCUUGCUACCUGCUGUCACCAUGCUGGGCUUCGGCUUCCUCUGCCACUCCCAGUUCCUGCGCUCCCAGGCACCCCCUUGCACCGCGCACCUUCGGGACCCGGGCUUCACAGCCCUGCUGGUCACCGGGUUCCUGCUCCUCGUGCCGCUCCUGGUGCUUGCCUUGGCCAGCUACCGCCGCCUCUGCCUGCGCCUUCGCCUGGCCGACUGCCUGGUACCCUACAGCCGAGCCCUCUACAGGCGGCGGCGCGCCCCACAGCCGCGGCUGGGCCGGGCCUUACCAGGGUCCCAAGCCCUUCCCAUACCAGGAAAGGUCUGGGUCUGAGGAGGGACGAACCCUGUCGGCUAGGUCCUGGUUGGCCUGAGGACUUGAAACUCUUGAGAUUCUCUGCCGUUGCCACCGCCCGUGCCCAUGCCAGGUCUUCAGAAUCCCUUUGGCAAGCAACAGUAUCUGUGGACCCAAUGCUGGUGAAGAUUCCCACGCCCCAGGAAAACCUACUUUACUCUCUGGGAAUCUGGACCACCUGGGCUGGCCCCUGCACAUCUUCCUCCCCCCUCUCUUAACGUGAGGACAACAACGGAAUUUGUGUCUUCCUUUUCGGGUGCAGCUCUAGUAUUUAUGGAGCUGAGCAGACAGAUCACACAUUAAUAAAGAACUUAUAAGCCGAA